GGCGCGCCUGCCCCUGUGAAUCCGGCCCGAGGCGCCGCGCGCCUGGCCCCCUACCCGCGUAGCCGUCGGGCGGCAGCCUUCCCGGCCUCGCUCAAAGGGGUACAACAGGGCAGCGAGCGGCCCGGCCGCCGGAGCCUCCCAGGGAAUCCGGGCCCGAGGGGCACCGCCCUCCUGCCCGCCCGGCUCGAGCAGCGACCCGGAGAGAGCGCCGGGGAGUCGGGCUCCGCGCAGGGCUCGGCGCCGGGGGCCCAUGCCCGUGCGCCCCCGCCGGCCCGCGCCAUGGCCUCCGGGAGCGUGGCCGAGUGCCUGCAGCAGGAGACCACCUGCCCCGUGUGCCUGCAGUACUUCGUCGAGCCCAUGAUGCUCGACUGUGGCCACAACAUCUGUUGCGCGUGCCUCGCCCGCUGCUGGGGCUCGGCCGAGACGAACGUGUCGUGCCCGCAGUGCCGAGAGACCUUUCCGCAGCGGCACAUGCGGCCCAACCGGCACCUGGCCAACGUGACCCAGCUGGUGAAGCAGCUGCGCACCGAGAGGCCGUCCGGGCCCGGCGGCGAGAUGGGCGUGUGCGAGAAGCACCGCGAGCCGCUGAAGCUGUACUGCGAGGAGGACCAGAUGCCCAUCUGCGUGGUGUGCGACCGCUCCCGCGAGCACCGCGGCCACAGCGUGCUGCCGCUCGAGGAGGCGGUGGAGGGCUUCAAGGAACAAAUCCAGAACCAGCUGGACCAUCUAAAAAGGGUGAAAGACUUAAAAAAGAGGCGCCGGGCGCAGGGGGAGCAGGCACGAGCUGAACUCUUGAGCCUGACCCAGAUGGAGAGGGAGAAAAUCGUCUGGGAGUUUGAGCAGCUCUAUCACUCUCUGAAGGAGCAUGAGUACCGCCUCCUGGCCCGCCUUGAGGAGCUCGACCUGGCCAUCUACAACAGCAUCAACGGGGCCAUCACCCAGUUCUCCUGCAACAUCUCCCACCUCAGCAGCCUGAUUGCCCAGCUGGAGGAGAAGCAGCAACAGCCCACCAGGGAGCUCUUGCAGGAUAUCGGGGACACAUUGAGCAGGGCUGAAAGAAUCAGAAUCCCUGAACCUUGGAUUACACCUCCAGAUCUGCAAGAGAAAAUCCACAUUUUUGCCCAAAAGUGUCUAUUCUUGACGGAAAGUCUGAAGCAGUUCACAGAAAAAAUGCAGUCAGAUAUGGAGAAAAUCCAAGAAUUGAGAGAGGCUCAGUUAUACUCAGUGGAUGUGACCCUGGACCCCGACACAGCCUACCCCAGCCUGAUCCUCUCUGAUAAUCUGCGGCAAGUGCGCUACAGUUACCUUCAGCAGGACCUGCCUGACAACCCGGAGCGGUUCAAUCUGUUUCCUUGUGUCUUGGGCUCUCCAUGCUUCAUCGCUGGGAGACAUUAUUGGGAGGUAGAGGUGGGAGAUAAAGCCAAGUGGACCAUAGGUGUCUGUGAAGACUCAGUGUGCAGAAAAGGUGGCGUAACCUCAGCCCCCCAGAAUGGAUUCUGGGCAGUGUCAUUGUGGUAUGGGAAAGAAUACUGGGCUCUCACUUCCCCAAUGACUGCCCUGCCCCUGCGGACCCCUCUCCAGCGGGUAGGGAUUUUCUUGGACUAUGAUGCAGGUGAGGUGUCCUUCUACAACGUGACAGAGAGGUGUCACACCUUCACUUUCUCUCAUGCUACCUUCUGUGGUCCUGUCCGGCCCUACUUCAGUCUGAGUUACUCGGGAGGGAAGAGCGCGGCUCCUCUGAUCAUCUGUCCCAUGAGUGGGAUUGAUGGGUUUUCUGGCCACGUUGGGAAUCACGGUCAUUCCAUGGAGACUUCUCCUUGAGGAGGCGAACUUAGGCCAAAAGGGCUCUUGGACAUAAUCCUGUCCCGGGCACAAGGCAUCUUGUUGCCUUGCUGCUUCCUGUCCGUCACUCUGGGCAUCCUUAACCGUUUUCCAUGCUCUUUCAGUGGGAAAUAGGAUGCCCAUGUUAUCUACCAUCCUUUCUCUUCCCUUGGGAAUUCAGAGAUGUAAUGAGAAGUGUCAAGAUUUCCCAAAAAUAAAAAUCAGAGUCCACCUCCAGUGCUUCAUACGUUUUAGUUUUACAUGCUUCCUGAGGUGGUAAAAAUACAGAGAGUCUUGGGAUUUGCAGAGCCAUUCAAGAUCCUCAUGCCACCUUCUGGCUCAACCCUACAGAGCAACCAAGGGUAUUUGCUGUCAUCUAAAAAUUUUGAAUGGAAUGUCAAGGCCCUAUCAGCAUGGCCACUUGUAUUCAUUUUUUCUCUUGAAAUAGUACCUUGAGCCCUGAUUCCAGUCUGCCAUAGUUUUAAUAACUCAAUUAACAAGGCCUACAUGUGUUUGGUUAGUUACAGUUAUUUUACACUAAUGGUGGAAAAUGCCCCACCUCUGUUAUGAGAUAAUGUUCUAACCAGUGUCUCUGCCUCUAUCUUUUCUGAAGGAUUCAUCUGCUUCCUUCAUACUAAUGAAAGAGGUAUCCUGGUGCUGGAUGCACAUCAUCCAGAAUAAUUUUCUGCCCAACACUGUCUACUGUUUGUAGAUCCCCUCCACGUCACAUAUAUGGAUUGGUGGUCCUACAACAUCCCUGGAAGGAUUCUGGGGAAGUAUUUCAGGGAUUCAUUGACUUCCUGCCUCCUUUUGUCCACUUCCGUUGGGUGAUAGGGGGAUUGACCUUUCAGAUGAGCGUACCAUCAAGAGGCAGCUCCAUCCCCAUGGCCAUGGAAUCAUGCAACAUUCUAGAGUGAGAAGGCAGAUCACUUUGAAUGAGCCCCCAUGAUGGUUUCUUUUCUUUGGGUACAUGCCUCUCUGUUUAAAAAUAAAGUAAAU